CAUCGGUAGAUGACAUAGUCUAAUUUAACCUACCCUAGUCGAAAAUAAACCACCAGAUCACAGAACAAUACCUCAUGAGAUACAGGAAAACACAGCUAAUAGUAAGGGUAGAAAAUGGCUCAAGUGAUUUUUGGCAAGAAUGGGACUGAAUCGCCUGAACCUGUCAAAGCAGAAAUAACAGGAUGUAUCCCUGAAUGGCUACAGGGGACGUUGCUACGUAAUGGGCCAGGUCUUUUUAAAGUAGGAGAUACGGAAUACAAUCACUGGUUUGAUGGCAUGGCCUUAAUUCAUAGUUUUACCUUCAAAGAUGGUGAUGUGUACUACAGAAGUAAAUUCCUAAGGAGUGACACCUUCCAGAAAAACACUAAAGCAAACAAGAUUGUUGUGUCAGAAUUUGGGACCAUGAUUUAUCCUGAUCCCUGCAAAAACAUGUUUUCCAAAGCAUUCUCCUACCUUCUUGCUGCCAUCCCUGACUUCACCGAUAACAACCUGAUAAACAUUAUCAGAUAUGGUGAGGACUACUAUGCCUCAUCAGAAAUCAACUACAUAAAUCAAAUUGACCCAGUUACCCUGGAAGUAAUUGGAAAGAUGAACUACAGGAAGCAUAUUGCUCUGAACUUGGCGACUGCACACCCUCACUACGAUGAAGAGGGAAACACAUAUAACAUGGGAAUCGCCCUCAUGAGAUUUGGCAUGCCCAAGUAUGUCAUCUUCAAGGUUCCAGUCGAUGCAUCAGAUAAGGAGGGCAAGAAGCCUGCAUUAGAGGAGGUGGAGCAGGUCUGCAAUAUACCAUUUCGCUCAACCCUCUUCCCAAGCUACUUCCAUAGCUUUGGCAUGUCUGAGAAUUACAUCAUCUUUGUCGAGCAGCCAUUCAAACUGGACAUCCUCAGACUGGCCACAGCUAACUUCAGGGGAUCCACCUGGGGUAGCUGCCUGAAAUACGACAAAGAGGACAUUACUCUAAUCCACCUGGUCGACAAGAAGACUGGUAAAGCAGUAUCCACCAAGUUCUAUACAGAUGCUCUGGUAGUUUUCCACCACAUUAAUGCCUACGAGGACGACAACCAUGUGGUGUUUGAUAUGAUCACCUACAAAGACAGUAAUCUGUAUGAAAUGUUCUACUUAGCAAACAUGAGAGAGGAAAGCAACAAAUUCAUAGAAGACAAGGUCAACUUCUCCCAGCCAAUCUGCCAGAGAUUUGUCUUGCCCCUCAAUGUUGACAAGGAUACAACAAAAGGAACAAACAUGGUGAUGCUCAAAAACACAACAGCCAAGGCAGUGAUGCAAGAUGAUGGCUCUGUAUAUUGCCAGCCUGACACAAUAUUUGCAGGUUUGGAGUUGCCAGGCAUAAACUACAAAUUCAACGGCAAGAAAUACCGUUAUUUUUAUGGCUCGAGAGUGGAAUGGACUCCAUUCCCGAAUAAGAUUGGGAAGGUGGACAUUCUGACCAAGAAGCACAUAGAGUGGACAGAGGAAGAAUGUUACCCCUCUGAGCCAGUUUUUGUUGCCUCACCAGGAGCUAUGGAGGAGGAUGAUGGAGUCAUUUUGUCCUCAAUUGUCUCUCUAAAUCCAAAUAAAUCCCCCUUCAUGCUUGUCCUCAAUGCGAAAAACUUUGAAGAAAUUGCUCGUGCCUCAAUCGAUGCCAGUGUUCACCUGGAUCUGCAUGGACUCUUCAUUCCCUCACAGAAAACUAACUGACAUAGCUUUUAGAGGUUAGGAUUGCAAUUUAAUAUUGUACAGGAUGAAGUCUUAUUCCUAUAGCCUUGUAACCUUUACAGUAGAUCUUUAGCUAAAGGGAAGAUAAUUACAAUGAUAACCUAACUAUGAAGAUAACUAUAAGACAACUUAACAUACAGUUAUACUACACAACAAUCUAUAGUAAGCACAUUGUAGUGUACACCCACCUGGAUUUCAAAGGGGUUGAAGACUUUCUGGGAAAUUUCUAGAAUCUUUACAUAUAUUUUCCAUAGGAAGUUAAGCCUUUUUGCUUAAAUUCAUCAAAAUAGUUAGCUUAUAAUGUUUUUGCUUGCAUACCCCAAGUAUGCUGGUAAGAGCCUGUGGUGUCACCACUACCAUGUCUCGUCACCUUGGCCUGGAUUAGGGGAAGAUUAUUUUCUUUGUCAGUCUGGCAAAGUACACUUCUAAGCAAGGGCUUUGGGAGGGACAUGCAAUAUGGCAGUCGUCCCAACAUUUCUUCAGCCAGCUGGUGGAAGGGAUUUUGUGGAACUUAGGCUCUUUCCCCUGUUGCCUCCAUCAUCCUCCAUGUUCCAACAUCAGUCAUCUCAGAGUGCCACUGGUCCCAGUUUGAGCCAUCCUCAAUAGGGUUGGAAAGUGAUGAUGAGGCCUCAGAUUCUGAUGUUCAAGAAGUGAACUUUGAGGAGGUCCUGGGAGAAGAUAUGGAGGCCUGAGAGGAAGAAAACCAAAGCUUCAGAUGUAUGUUGAAAAGGUUUUUGAGGGAUGCGAUGGAUCAUUGGGAACACAUCAUUCAAUACUCCCUUUCUUUUGUUGUAGGGAAAGCAUCCCAUUUGAAAUGUGUUUAUUUCUAUUGGGAGGAUUUCAUCAUUUGCAAUUAUGUCUACUUAAGGUAAACGGCUUAUGUUUGUGUGUGCAUAUGAUAUGGUACCUAUAUCCAAUGCAAUAAACCUCACCAUUUAAAUGGUAUUAAAAUUUGUUUGCAUUUAUUUUCAUUUAUUCCCAUAUUCCUAUUAAAUCCCAUAUAUUCACAUUAAUACUCACAG